AUGCCCCUACACUGCGUAGUGCCUAAACCAGAAAAUAUUGACACUGACCCCAAUCCCAUGGCAGCUGUGCCUAAUAUGUCGGAGCCCCAUGACAAGGCUUAUCUUGCUUAUCCUGUACGGCCCAAUCCACAGUCCCUUCUACAAGUAUCCUCAUAUCCCAUAACUUUAAAGUUUGAAGAGGUCGUCUACAAGGUUAGAUUUGAGCAGAAAGGAAUGUGCUGCGGAGAAACACUCAGAACUAGAGAGAAGAUAAUACUAAACGGGGUAACAGGUAUGGUAUGCCCUGGAGAGAUACUAGCAAUGCUAGGUCCAUCAGGCAGUGGGAAAACCACUCUCCUUACAGCCCUUGGAGGCCGCCUUACUGGAAAACUAGCAGGAAAGAUCACCUACAAUGGCCAGCCUUUUUCAGGUUCGAUCAAACGCCAAACAGGAUUUGUUGCACAAGAUGACGUUCUAUAUCCUCAUCUCACUGUAAGCGAAACCCUCAUAUUCACUGCACUGCUCAGGCUACCCAAAAGUCUCACCAGGGACGAGAAAGUUCAGCAUGUGGAGCAUGUGAUCACGGAGUUAGGAUUAACUCGGUGCCGGAAUAGCAUGAUAGGAGGCCCCUUAUUCAGAGGAAUAUCAGGUGGGGAGAAGAAAAGGGUUAGCAUAGGUCAAGAAAUGCUAAUCAACCCAAGCUUACUGUUGCUAGAUGAGCCCACCUCAGGUUUGGACUCAACCACGGCUCAGAAAAUUCUGACCACGGUCAAACGGCUUGCAAGUGGAGGUCGAAGUGUGGUCACCACAAUUCACCAGCCCUCAAGCCGACUCUACCACAUGUUUGAUAAAGUGGUCUUACUCUCCGAGGGCUACCCCAUCUACUAUGGUCCUGCAUCAACUGCCUUGGAAUACUUCUCUUCAAUUGGUUUUUCCACAUCCCUCACUGUCAAUCCUGCUGAUCUCUUGCUUGAUCUUGCUAAUGGAAUUGGACCUGAUUCUAAGAACACUGUAGAGCAAGGUGAUAACACAGAGCAAGAGUGGAAGUCUAUUAGGGAACUUCUCAUCUCUGCUUAUGACAAUAACAUUUCUACAGGGUUGAAAGCUGAACUUUGCAGUUCGGAUGCCAGUAACUACAAUUCCACAAAAGAUGCUUCCAUAAGGCGUAAUGUGAGGUCAGAGCAAUGGUGCACAUGUUGGUGGGUUCAAUUCAAGGUGCUGCUUCUGAGAGGGCUGAGGGAGAGGCGGUUUGAAGCAUUCAACAGGCUAAGAAUCUUCCAAGUCAUAAGUGUCGCUGUCCUCGGUGGACUCCUAUGGUGGCAUACCCCGACAUCCCACAUUGAAGAUCGUAUUGCCAUGAUUUUCUUCUUCUCCGUAUUCUGGGGCUUUUACCCACUUUACAAUGCUGUGUUCACUUUUCCUCAAGAACGAAGAAUGCUAAUAAAAGAACGAUCUUCUGGAAUGUACCAUCUCUCCUCCUACUUUCUAGCCAGAACAUUCGGAGACCUGCCACUAGAACUCGCACUCCCAACUGCCUUUACCUUCAUAAUCUAUUGGAUGGGUGGGCUCAAACCUGACCCUGUCACUUUCAUCCUUUCCCUUCUUGUGGUCCUGUACAAUGUCCUUGUCUCCCAAAGCCUUGGCUUAGCCAUUGGUGCGAUACUUAUGGAUGUAAAACAAGCCACUACUUUGGCCUCCGUUACAACCCUUGUGUUCCUCAUCGCUGGAGGUUACUAUAUUCAACAAAUCCCUCCUUUCAUAGUCUGGUUAAAGUACUUGAGCUAUAGCUACUAUUGUUACAAGCUUCUUCUUGGGGUCCAGUACAAUGAGGACGACUAUUACGAAUGCUCAAAAGGAAUCUAUUGUCGGGUUGCAGAUUUUCCUGCGGUCAAAUCUAUAGGCCUGAACAAUUUGUGGGUAGAUGUGGCCAUUAUGGCACUGAUGUUGGUGGGUUAUCGGCUCGUUGCUUAUCUAGCAUUGCGCCGAGUAACAUGAAGCAAGUUUAGCAUAGGACUCAUUUCGGCAAAGACGGAAGUUUGAAGAGUUUCCUAUUUUUCAUCAAAGGAAUAAUGCUAGGUUUAGAAGAUAUUUGGGUUGCCAGAUUUUGAUAUUUCCGUCUUAGAAUCAGAUUUUCUCCCUUCUGGCAAUUGUAAGAUGACAAAAACGAGUAAAUUUAGUUUUCUG